GCUGUAGUUUCUCCAUUUUUUCAUGUAACUACUUUGUGUUACAGCCAGUGUGGACUAGUUGUUGUAGGCAGCGAGGUGGUGUUAGUUUGGCCGUCUGCUGCUUCGUGUCGAAGUUUGUUUGGGUGCAGGCUGUGUAAGACUCUGUGUGUUGGCCAAAGGGUUUCAUCGAAGUACUUAUAAUUAGUUUUCUAGUGGCUCGGAGGCUCCAUUCGACUGCUCCAUACCAUCACGACGUAGAGAACCGGUACAGCUUAUCCGCCCACGACGUUCAAAGUCGUGUCCAGGAUUCAAGCAAACCGUGACUCCUGGCUGCAGGAGCGCUCGCCGCUGGACGUUCAUCGUCCCCGUUUGUCAUGGUGCUCCAGUGAUUCUGGAUGGUGAUCGACGUCCGUGACUUUUGUUCUUGUCGCAGUCAUGGCUGCAGCUGCAGAGAACUACGCGGUCAACUCAUGGCCAUGGUCAAGCCAGAUGUUCCGCAAGUGGAUCCCACACCUCCAAGCAGCACUCAGCUGCGAUGCAAUUCGUGUCGAAUGCUGUGCCAAGCGGUUGAUCUCCGAUGCGCAGAAGAAGGAAUUGAUGGCGAUAAAGAAUUCUGCCAAACACAAUGACCGACUGCUAGAUAUGCUGAGCAGGGGUACAGCUGAGACUUUCCACACUUUCUGUACUAUUGUGCGUAGCACCGAACCUAAAGCAAACUUUUCAAAGUUCCUAGAUGACAUGCAGUCAGUGGAUACCUUUGUUGGAGGCAAUGAAGGUGCAGCAAAUAAAGUAACUCGACGUCAACCAGCCCGGUUCACCGGGAACCCACCACCAACACCUAGCCAAGCAACUCGGUCUCCGCCAGCCAUAGCACCCAAACCAAAGUCUGUUGUUAAACCCCAGGCCACUCACGCAUCUCCCGCCAAUCCCACCGGCGUCUCUGCAAUGAUAGCGGCCUUGAAUUCAGCCGGUCAGGAAGGGAAAUCGGCUGAAAGUCUACCUUUGAAAACCAGUCGAGCCCCCCGGCCUCCCACUCGCCCAAAGCCCGUCACUCCCCACAACACAGCAAGAACAGUGGAAACUAAGGAUCCCACUACAGGUCACAGAGUGCAGCCGGUAGUGACUUCUGAUCCUGUGUCUCCUUCACGACCACCGCUCUGUGACCACGCACGACUAGCGGCUGGCGGUAACCAACCAGAUGGCACUGAGGCGGCGACAUCUGCCCCAGCUGAUCCCAAGCCCUCUCCGAAACCUGGACAAGCUGCUCCGUCCAGGUCUGCUAGUGUCUCCACACUAGCAUCUAGUUUUGAAUCGAAUAGGUACGAAACAGUCAGACCGGCCCUAAAUCAAGACCCAAAGCCAAAACAUCGCCAAAUGUCCAUAGCCGGUGCCAGGGCAGCUACCUUGGCCAGGAGCCAAGCAAUAGCUGGUGGCAAACACCCAGGCGGACAUGCUGUGCAGCAAGUCCAGCGGUCAGUGCUGCCAACAGAGAGCUUAACUGCCAAGCCCAUUGCUCGAUCUCUGACUGGACGCGAGCCGGUUACCAAGAAGGCAACAGGAGAUUCAGCAACGCCUCCCCAGCCAAACUCUCUGAGCCAAGCGGGCAACACAGGGCCAUGGUCAAGUCAAGUGUUUCGCGAGUGGAUCCCACGCCUCCAAGCAACGCUCAGCUGCAGCACAAUCCGCAUGGAAUGCCGGGGAAAAGGUUUGAUCUCCGAUACGCAGAAGAAGGAAUUGAUGGCAGUAGACGAUUCUGCCAAACACAAUGAGCUUCUCCUCGAUAUGCUGAGCAGGGGUACAGCUGAGACUUUCCACACUUUCUGUAGUAUUGUGCGUAGCACCGAACCUAAAGAAAACUUUUCAAAGUUCCUAGAUGACAUGAAGUCAGUGGAUACCUUUGUUGCAGGUAAGUAGAAAUUGUAUCAGUCAGGUGACUGAGAGACACUCACAUAAUUGUAUCACAUGUACAGCAAGUACUGUUGGAUACCAUUAGUACUUGGGUGACAAUCUGAGAAACGUUCAUGUUUGGAAAAGAAGAAGUGAGGACCCUGGUGUUCCAGCCUCAAUGCCAACUUGGGCAAGCCACUAAACUCCCCUGGCUUCAGCUGACUCUAUUGUGAAAUGUGGAACCUACCAGAAGUUGGGCAGGGGAAGUUGGGCAGAGGAAGGUGUUGGGACGCAUUGGGUUGGGAUACGUUGGGAUGGGGAACAAUAGGCAUGGGCUCCGAGUGGGACACAAGAUGGCCACAUGUCAGAAGGUUUUGGAUUCCAAGGACCCAUGGAGAGCUGGCCUUUUCCAGGAUAUCCAAACACCAGCGGCUGUACUGCGUAGCCGUGUCUUGUGGUGUUGUACACUCUGGCUGAAGAAGCUGCAGGCCUUAGCCAAGCAUGUUUACAACUGAAUUUGUUGUCCUUCUACCGGUAUGUUUGGUGGCGCAUGCGUGUGUGGUCUCCAGUUUCUCCGGAAUGCCAAAAAGACUGCAAUAAAGUAGUAGACCUGAUGAAAGAGUUCUCAGCACCGGAACGUCAACGGGUGGUCCACACUGCCGAGGAUGUGGCACGA